UGGGCCAACAACCCCGACCCAACAAAAUAAUGUCAGCCCGGGGUUGCGGCUCGGCGGGGACGUUGUCCCUUUCUUCCGAUAUUCCUGUGCAUGUUUUCUUUUCUUAUAUCAUCGGAAACUGCUUUGGAGGACAUAAAAGUCUCCUUUAACCCUGAUCCAACAACUGACACGCACUGGACCGAAUGGCGGCCUCUACAUCCCCCGUGGCUGGACCAGGCGCCACCCGGAAAUCCAAGCCUCACAUCACAGAAACCCCCAUAACAUGGGCAAACUGGUACCAACAUGUCAACUGGCUUAAUGUCUACUUUAUCAUCAUGGUCCCACUCAUGGGCUUUGUCGCGGCCUCUUUCUAUCCCCUACAGCGCGCCACAGCCGCCUUUGCCGUUCUCUACUACUUUAACACCGGACUAGGCAUUACAGCAGGCUAUCAUCGUCUCUGGGCCCAUACCUCCUACCGAGCAUCAACCCCUCUCAAAAUCUAUCUCGCAGCCGUCGGCGUCGGCGCCGUCCAGGGCUCUAUCCGAUGGUGGUCGAGAGGCCACCGCGCCCAUCACCGUUAUACCGACACCGAAAAGGACCCCUAUUCAGUGCGCAAGGGCUUCUGGUAUUCCCACAUCGGCUGGAUGGUGAUGAAGCAGAACCCCAAGAACAUCGGGCGCUCCGAUAUCACCGACCUGAACGAAGACCCGAUCGUGAUCUGGCAGCAUCGCCACUACGUCAAGCUGGUUCUAUUCAUGGGCCUCAUCUUCCCUACUCUGGUAUGCGGCCUCUGCUGGGGCGAUUGGGCGGGUGGUUUCAUUUACGCAGGAAUUCUCCGCGCGACGUUUGUGCAACAAGCCACAUUCUGUGUCAACUCUUUGGCCCACUGGUUGGGAGACCAGCCUUUUGACGAUCGCAACUCCCCUCGUGACCAUGUCAUCACCGCUCUAGUAACAUUGGGCGAAGGAUAUCACAAUUUCCACCACGAGUUCCCGUCCGACUACCGCAACGCUAUCGAAUGGUGGCAGUACGACCCGACCAAAUGGGCUAUCUGGACAUGGAAGCAGCUCGGCCUGGCACAUGACCUCAAGGAAUUCAAGGCCAACGAAAUCGAAAAGGGCAGACUCCAGCAGCAGCAAAAGAAGCUGGACAUCAGGUCGUCUCAACUGGACUGGGGUACCCCGAUUUCCCAGCUGCCUGUCAUGACCUGGGAUGACUUCAAAAUCGAAGCUGCAAAGGCUGACGGCAGGGCCCUGGUAGCCAUCGCCGGUGUCGUUCACGACGUGGCCAACUUCAUCAAACAACACCCCGGUGGCAAGGCCUUCAUCUCCUCGGCUAUUGGCAAGGACGCGACGGCCACUUUCAACGGCGGUGUCUAUCGGCAUUCCAACGCUGCGCACAAUCUGCUUUCUACCAUGCGUGUGGGUGUCAUCUACGGAGGUGGUGAGGUGGAGAUCUGGAAGCGUGAUUACACCGAGAAGCAGAACAACUUCAUCAUGCAAGACAGUAAGGACCAACCUAUUGUACGAGCCGGUGAGCAGGUAACGAAGAUUGCUCCCCCGCAGAACAGCCCCAUGGCGGCUUAGAUUUUUAUGUUAGGAGGGUGAAGCAUUUACAAGAUAGAUUCAUGUAUUUCAGGUUUGUAUUUAGUUUUGGUCGCUACAAAUAUAACAUCAUGACCUACUCCUUUACAGACCGUAAGCCAUAACA